CGCACCUCUGUAACUUAGAGAAAGACGCCCACAAUCCCUCGGCCGUGCUCAACACCAUCAACAUCCAGUAAAAUGUCACAGCUCAUUCCAAGCACCACACCCAUUCGAACUUUUGAAGAUCACAAGGACGUCGUAAGGGCAGUCGCAGUGUUCCCCGAUAAACGACGAAUGAUUACUGGCUCAUACGACAAGACACUUCGUCUUUGGGACUUGGAGACAGGUGUUGUGUGGAAGAAGAUGGAAGGGCAUAGCAGUGGGGUGUUUGCAUUGACGAUAUCGCGAGAUGGUAAAAUAAUAGCAAGCGGUGAUACAAAUGGAGAGGUCAUCGCCUGGCACGGUGAAACUGGCGAAUCCAUCACCCAACCCAUCAAAGCCUACCCCGGGGCCAAUUGGAUCGAUUCUUUGGAUUUUUCUCCAGACGGAACGGUGUUGGCCAUUGGUUCAUCGGACUACACAGUGAGGUUUUGGUGUACCAAAACGUGGCAAAUGCAAGGAGAUCCAAUUAAGUGUGGCAGUCUUGUCAACUGCGUUCGACAUUCGCCUUCUGGCACAAGGGAACGCGUCGCAUAUUUGCCAGAUGACACUGGCUUAUGGAACAUGUCACUCGCGUGGACACCCGAUGGCACACGCCUUCUUUUAGGAGGCAGUUUAUACAUAUUGGAGUGGGACACAUCAACCUGGCAGCAGGUCGAUCGUCCCUGGGAAGGCCACACUGAUUAUAUCUAUGCCAUUGCCAUUCAUCCCGCUGGCACCCUCAUCGCUUCUGCAUCUGAAGACAAUCAUGUCCGUCUCUGGCGGCUCUCAGAUCAACGAACCAUCGCCGUCUUCCAGCAUUCAGCUAAGCUGAAAUGUGUCACGUUCUCUGUGGACGGCCAGCGCAUCCUCAGCGGAGGUACAGAUAACAAGGUCUUAGAAUGGGCAGUACCCAGCGAGGGCAAUUCAAAGAUCCUUGACAUUACAACAGCCCGCGAUGCAUGUAUAACUGGGGAUUUGUCUAUCGCUGAAGAGCUCCUCACCCAAGAGAUCUACACCAACGCCGACGACUUUACUUCAUAUGCCAAUCGUUCGUUCAUUAUGGCCCGGAAGCACAACUUGGACAAUGCCCUUGAGGAUGCAAUCAAGUCAAUCGACAUUAAACCAUCAUUGAUUGGGUUUAUCUCCAAAGGCAUCGCCCUGUGCGGAAAAGGUCACGUCCAAGAAGCAAGGGUAGCGUUCGACGUUGCAUCCACGCUCACGAACCAAGAUUCAGAAACCAACCAAUUUCUUCUCUUGAUCAAGGCCAUAGCACUCUUCAACGCAGAUCAACAUGAGGAAGCAAUGCUGCUCAUCAAAGACCGAGCUGCCGCUUGUCCGAAUGUCGAUCCUCUUGCGCGUCGUGUCGUGGAAACAUAUCUACGUGUUCAACUCGGAAUCAAAGCUUUCGAUAGCGCGCAUCACGACGAAGCCGCUGAUCACUUCACUGCCGCUGUCAACUCAGACGCUUUCUCAUCGAAAUACAUUUAUUUCGCAUACCAGGACUUGACCGUGCUCUUCGGCUGGGAUCUCGAGUCCUUGCUGCUCACUACACACCAGAAACGGUGCCAGGCUUUCCUUUCGGCAGGUAAACCCGAUGAAGCCCUCGAAGCACACAAAUACAUGAUGGAUGCCAUCGACGACAUUACGAAGGCCAACUGUCUUAAUUGGUCCAACGAGUUCAAGGAGAAAUGCAGCACGCUCGCUGCGCAUAACGAAUGUAUUCUUGGUGCAGAGAUCCCCGGCCAAGAUGACGAUGACCAUGAUGCAGAACCCAAUUUCUUCUAUGGAACGCAUCAAUAUUCUCAAAUUUCCCGGCCGAGACUUCGACAGCGAGCUGGGCGCCUUGGGCACCUCGAAAGACUGAGGCUCGCUAUGACGAGAAGGCCUCAGUCAGUUCCUGCACCUGCACUGCCCGCCACCUCACCACUAGUCGCCACCACCACCUUCAAAACUCACCUACGACGCCUAUUUACCCUACCACUCCAUCAUGCAACGCCACCUGUUGUCGACGUUCCUUUUGCCCAGGGUCGACAGCGUAAUGCUGCAGCGGGUGCUCCUGGGAGUGAACACUCCUUGAUACGUGAUGAAGACCUUCCUCCACAGGAUCCCAAUACGCAACCGCAACAUCAACCAGUAGCAGUUCAGGUAGGCGAACAUGGAGGCGGCCUGUCCUGUUGCCGUUAGAAGCAUUGGUGAAUGUCCAUCGGUGUAUCGUUCAUUUUGUCAUGAUAUCCACAUUGGCUUGAAGUGGUACUUUAUCGAUAUCCUUUAGCUCACUUUUUGUCCUCCUCCGAGUCUAUCGUUGAUUGUAAACCUUGAUUCCUUCAUAUAUAGAUCUUCACUUGCGCACAAGUUACUGAAUUUCAGAUAUCGUGCUCAUGUGCAACCACAGGGCCGUUCCACAUUCAAGGAUGUCUCGUUGACUGUACAUAGUACUGGCAGGGCGUGCAGCGGUUCAUUCAAGUCUUCGCGGGCACCAUUUUACACAUCACCUCGUAUCGGCUCUGCUAGUCUUACCUAGAAAAUUUGCGUUAUCGAGAACAUUUCUAGACGGU